AACUUUGAAAAAAUAAGGAUUCCUUAUUAUGAUGCAAAUAUUUGUUUGUUUUUUACGUUAAAAUGUGCGGCGUAUUUUUAAAUCGAGCGGUCAAGGUGACAGUAAGGAGCCGGAUGAGCACUAGAUCUGCAGAGGUGUGGAGUGUGUGGAUGCCACAGUGAUCCACUAGACUGACGUCUCUCCAGUAGCGCAGACGAAGACUGCAUCCCGGUUAUUUUACAGACUUCAUUGCAGCCAAGCAGUCGACAGUCUCUCCCGCAGAGGAACAGAGAGGGGAAACAUAACUUCAUCAACGACAAGCUGUAGUUUUACAGCAUGUUCCACCUUCGGCAAUCUCCGUUUAAACACACUCGCUCAGCAACUGUUUGAUUUUGCUGGUGUGUUGGCAAUUUUUUGGGAAACAUUCGCCUUUUUCCCCCUUUCGGCUGAUGUAAAGAAAAACAACCCUUCUAUAUUGGAAUGAUGUGGACCUCCCAUGAUACUGUUGGAUUUGUUUUCUUAGCCGGAAUUUGCGUGCAAUUUGGAUUCUCCUUUGAAGGUCACUUCACGGAUCUGCCCUCCAAUAUGACGGUUAAAGAGGGACAAAACAUAGAAAUGGCGUGUGCUUUCCAGAGCGGAACCACGUCUGUGUAUUUGGAGAUCCAGUGGUGGUUCGUGAAAGUGCCGGAACCCACUGAUAGCGAGGAGGAGGUCGACGCUGAAGAGAUGGAGAUGAUACCAGAGCCUGACCCUGAUGACGAGGGGACAAAAAUAAGUACAGUGAAGGUCCAGGGCAACGACAUCUCACACAAGCUUCAGAUCUCCAGAGUCAGCAAGAAGGACGAAGGACUGUACGAGUGCCGGGUGACACGAGCUAACUACGGAGAGAUUGUGGAGUACAAAGUCCAAGCAUGGCUUAAGGUCAACACCACGGCCAGGCCACGACGACCACUGGUGCCUCCCAAGAAAAGCUCCCCGCUGCACCUGACAGACAAGAAGCCGAGAAAAUCCAGUUCACCUCUGGGCCAGGACAGCAUGAGUUCAGACCAGAGAGUGGCCUCAACCUCCACCUCUCACACAUCCUCCGAUACAGCUAAACACAACCCCGGCUCAGGUACAAGAAUAUCAUCCAACUGUGGACUGGCUGUCCUCCUUCUGGCAUGUGGUUUGGUGAGGGAUGCCUUGUUAUAAUUUGAAGAACUGAUAUGGUUGGUGCCCCCCCCCCCACAAAUAUACACACACACACACACACACACACACACACACACACACACACAUACACACACACACACACACACACACACACACACACACAGACAGACACCAUGCGGACAGCACAGUUGGCCCCUCAUUUCCCCACCACUACUGCUCUUGCACCCAGCACAUUGUUAUUAGCCAUUGUAAACCCCAAUCACCUUUAAGCCAGUUGGAUUACCUUUUGUACAGAAGUCGACUCGACACCAUCUGAGGUGCAGCGCCCCGGUGGGAACAUGGACUCUGUAUCUUGUUGGAUAACUCUCAUGGAAGACUGACUUUCAUAUGGUUUCGUUAUUCCAGUUCAUGUGUUUAUUGCUCAAAAGUGAACAAGAAAAUAAGAGAAUCUAUAUUUGUGUAAUAUAUAUGAUUCUAGAUAUAUAUCUGUUUUAUUUGAAACACCUACAAUUACUGUAUGUGCUGUAUACAUAACUGAAACUCACCAUAUUGGCCAUGGAACCUCAUUGUGAAUAGGCACUAUGGCCCUCUCAAAUAAAUAAAAUAAAUUAUCGUAUAUUCUAAUUUAGACUGUUAACCUUAACCAUAAGGUUAGAAAAGGUUACAUUUCAAAAAUAUUCUUCAGCUGUAUAAUUGGCCAUCUGAAUUAUCUAAUGGGCAUCAUUUUACAUAUUGUUAGUGAUACAAAUACAGGUGUGCAUGCUUAUUGGUCUGACAGCUUAAAAAAGGGGAGCAUUAGUAAUUUGAGCUACAUUAGUCAACGCUGUUUAGUGUUACUGUAUGUCAAAUUUAGCUUUAUUUUUAUGUGCUAGCUUUGGUGUAAAAUAAAGAAAUUGUCCUUUGUCAUUUGAAUUUGUAUUGCAUCCUCAGUAGGAAUAAAAAUAAUCUUACAAUUUACGCGUCAUUGAAAAUCCUGAUAUGUGACCAUUGGAUGAUUAAUUUUAAUUGACCUGCACCUAUUUUCAAAUGGCAUGCUUCAGUUGCUGUGAACCUCCCUGAUAUGUCUCAUUAUUACAGAGGAUGAAUAAGUAUUUACCCACUUUGGAUCAUUAGUAUUGAUAGUUUGUAUUAUUUUUAUGCCAGCACACAAACACACAUGUUUGCACAUUUGCAGGUAGAUGUUUGAGUGGCCGGUUGAGAUGAGAUUUAGUGAAACAGAGAGAGGAGACAUGCUCAUCAACAACAUUGUAUAUGACCCAUGUUUGGGAGAAAUAAGUUAGUUUUGUUGAAAGUGUCUCUCUUAUAACUUACAGUAAUAUAUUUUUUGUUUUAUUUUCAGAUAUUAUAUCACAGAGAUUUUUAUCCACGCAGAGCAUUUAUAAGAAAAACGCUUUGACAAUCUGACACAAACAUCAACAAAGGUGUUUUUUGGUUUCAUAGUGCAACAACAGAUACAACAGUACAACCUCUAAAAUAAAUGGGAUUCUUUUGUUGUUGUUAACUUUUGAGCAGAGAGGGAAAUUGUGCGCAAUCCAUCAGAAAUGCACUUGUUUCAUUUCAAACUGAAAUAUUUAUGAAUAAUAGAGUAGUUGAUUUAUGUCUUAAGAAUCAUAAUGUAAUUAAAUGUUAUCCACCAUGAGUAUCAUGCUGCCAGCUGCACUGAAAUCAAAAUUUUAUUUUGGUAGACAUUAACCCCGAAGAACAUGCUAUUUUUCUGCUUAAUUGAUGCCCAAGAUUUACACCGAUUUAACAUUAAGCAUGAUUAUGUAGUUUAUCAUGUGUUGUAUAGUAUACUCUAAAAUUCAUACAUAACAUACAAAUGUAAUUGCCAACGAGUACUGUGCUGUGUUCAAAAAGGUAAAUAUUCACCUCCCUUUGAGCUUUUAUUCCGCUUUGCAGACAAAGCAAAAAUCCCCCCCUGUAUAGUUGUACUGCAUUCCCAAAGAACUGUGAAGGGAAACUUGUUGAUUCAGCGCGAGGUUCAAAGGCUGGCAGUGCUUGUCAUGUUUUGGGACCAGACCAGAGACAUCUCCUGACCAGCAGCUUCCAGCCUGAGUACAAGAUGUGCUAUUGAUAGAGGGUAACAAUGUCUAAUCCCUCAAAUUCCAAAUAGCUUCAGGGUGUAGUUAGACAGUUCAUCUAGCAUCGCUGUCAUAUAUAUGCCACUCUGCAGUCACUUGAAAUCGUUUGCUGUGUUUUGAAAUGAGAACAUGUUAUGUAAUAUGAUUCAGAAUGUUAGUCUGCAAAAAAAUUACAGCUUGUUUCAAGGUGAAAAAUGGACUUGGAUGUUGAUUCUAUUGGAAAUGGAAUUGGAAAAGCAUUUUGGAGAGUGUGCAAAGUUUGAGUGGACAAUUUGUCCAGCCCUCAUGUAAAAAGUUACAGAUCUGUACAACUUGUAAAUGAAAUAAUCAGCAUGUUAACAUUUUUUUAAUCCAUUUAAAAAGGCAGAGGCCAGUGAUGUUCUGUACUUGUAACAAUGGUGUUAUGUACUCAUAUUCAAGUGUUAACAAGUCCAACACAAGUGGGUUUUCAUCUCUUCAAAAUGAACUUGGGUAAAAUGUAUAUGACAACAAAAAAAAAUCUAUAUAUAUUAGAAACAUCUCCUUUAUCAAGCUUUCAUCCUAAUCUAGGGGACUCGCUUGACUGUGGGUCCUUGCAACAUAUGGAAAAACAGAGAAGGAGAGAUUGGAGCAAUGAUUGAUUUGAUAUUGUGAUUGGAGUGAUGAAAAUUGAUGCUUAGUAAAAAAAUACUGAGUUUGAGUUGAGAUGGAGGCUGAAUUGCUUACAAGCAACAAGGUCUUUGUUACCAAAGAGGAGAACAGUUCACAAUGACAGCUAGAGCAGCAGUUCCUUCAACCAGGAUGUUAUUUCAGAAACACAGCCAUUCUUCUUUUCUGUUUUAUAUGACACGCUACUCAUUCACUCUAGAUGUAUUUGUUUCUUCUAAUGUAUUUCAUUUCAAUGCAGUCCUGUCUGUUUGUUAUGCUGUCAAAAAUUCUGAUGAAUUAUAGUUCUCUUUUCUUUGGUAUUGUGUGAGGCUUCUGUACUGGAACAUUGCAACAGUUUGUAUUAUAAUGACGAUAUCAGAAUAAUAUUUAAAUAAACCAUUUUCACAGAUGAAAUUCAAACACUGAGGGAUUCCAUCUGUUUGGUUGGUAACAUACUGAGCUUCAUAGUGAGUGAACUGAAGAGAGUGCUGACAACGGCAAAAACUGGCCCAGUUUCCAACACGGAAGAGAGUUCUAUUUUGUGAAAGCUAAAUCACUUUUCAUUUGAUAGUACUGCUAAAUGUUACUCAAAAAUCCCUUCAUGUAUGCCCAGAGACAGAGAAAUAGAAAAAAAAACAGAAUAUGAUGACAGUAAUAUAAAACGAAAAAGCAUUUCCUGAAGAAAAUGUAUAUAAUUUCUGUAUGUGUAGCCG